AUGGUAUUCUUCCUCAAAAACAAAGUCAGGCGGCGGCGCCGACGCGUCUCCAAACUCCCCGAAGAGCAAAGCCUCCCCGUUCUCCGUCUGCCCACGCCUGAAAUGCUCAGACAGUCCCUGCUCCUCCCCAGCCUAGCAGAGCGCUUCGAACUCCCGCCUGACUCCGACGCGCCCUCCUCCGUUCGCGUCUUCAACACGCCCUCUGAGGCUUAUGUCAUGUCUAGCACGCGUGUUCACGCAGUCUACGACUCUGACGACGACAACGACGCGCUCGCAAAGGGUUAUGAGUUCAAGCCUAGUCCGACUCCAGCCCGCGCCGAGCCGAAGAUCAUGGACAUCUCGGACCCGGACCAGAGCUUGCCUGUUACCGGCAGCGAAACCGAUACGUCGCGCUUCUCAUGGGUCUCCUCCUCACGCGAUGCUGAACACGCCGAAAGCUCGGACUCUAGUCCGACGCAGGCACUCAGAGAGCGUAUCCGAAGAGACAAGGGGAUCCGCAACUCCAGAGCGGCUACCCUCGCUCUCCAGGCCAACGCAGACAGUACUCCCACUGGCAAUUUCAAACCAAGAGGGUCAAGUCUCCGCGGACAGUCUCUCGCUGUCUCCGGUCAGUGUCUAGGUGCUACCUUAAACGUCACCACCUCUUCAUCUUCGGGUGACAAUCUUUCGCGAACGUCGAGCGACGCGCGCUCGUCCUGUCGUGCGACCAUGUCUACCGCGUCCUGGUCCUCGGCCAAUACCCAGCCUGACUAUCCCGACAUGAUUGACUCUCCGUUGUUCCCAGACGACUCUACCUCUCUCCAAGCUGCAACUAAAUGUUUGGGAUCGGACGCGAAAACCAAAGUCACUGUCACUGUGGAACCGAUUGCUAAAUCUAAUGAUCCAACCAAGAUCUCUCUGGCGCAGCUGGUCAAGACUCAUCUUCGAAAUAUAUCAGACGCGUCAUGGAAGUCCCGUCGAGCUUCUGCAGAAGUUGAAAAAUCUGCGCCGAUGCUCCCAGAGUCGGCUGAAAAGAAAAUUGCCCAACACCAGCGAUCAUCAGCUCUGCUAUUGAGUGAGAUAAACAAUGUCGAGAGUGACAAGGCUCUGGCCGAGUUACUUCACAAAACUAGUCUGCAAACCUCGAAUACGGCUGUAAUUCUGCAUCAGAAGAAAUCAAGCAUCGAUAAAGGACACUCUCAGUUCGCAUCUCCGACAAAGUCAGACACCGAGCGACCGAAAAUACCGAAGCGAAGCUCGUCUAGACUGCAAGGUCGCCGGCCUCCGGAUAAUCUCGUAAUCGACCGCUCGUCCAGCAUCAAGAGAUCAGACUCUCGGUUACGCGCUGCUGCCCCUCUCAGCCCCAGCACGCUGCCAAGUCGGCCUUCUCUGUACAGGCACUCGUUCUACAGCGUCAAAAUAUCUUCGUCGCCGACAAAGACACACGGCUCACCGCCAAGGCGACAUGCAUACGGCCCGGAGAGCGUCAAAGAUACAAACAGAUCACCGAGACGCCAGCAAAAGAACCAAGAAAGUCCUACCAAAAAGCAGACGAUAUUUACGAGCGCUGCCAGCAAACGCAAGCAAUGCAAACAGAGUCUGGGACCUAUAUCCGAGCCGGUCCUGAUUAGUUCAUCGAUGCCUCUUGAUAUCCGGAUCCUGCAGUCCGGUCUCCUGCAAAUGCCCCUCCCGACAGCGCCGGUCGCAGGUCUGGGCGUCGACAUCUUGCACCUGCCGCGCAUCUCAGCGCUCUUGGCCCGCAAACCGGUUUACCGCGCAAAGUUCCCUGCGCGCGUUCUGCAUCCGGUAGAGUUGGAGAGAUAUCGUGGAUACCGGGGUGAUGAAGUGAAGGGGGAAUUGUUUCUUGGUCGAUGCUGGGCUAUCAAAGAGGCUCUGUUCAAGGCUUUGGACUUUCAUGAGCAAAAGUCGUUUCAGUUUAAAGACUGGUGCACAGUUAGCAGUCAGAGCAAACGACCUGUUAUUUCCAAACCCGGUCAUGCAGAGGACGAGCGGUUUCUGGCUUCGGUGUCGCAUGAUGGCGAAUACGUUUUAGCAGCCGUGAUUCGAAAUUCCGGUUAA